AUGGAUCACCGGGGUGACUCCGAUGGCCACCUUAUUCAACGGUGUCACCAACGAAAAUGGAUGACCGGAAACACAAACGAAGUUUGUGGCAGAGUUGCGACUUUUAUGUUGAAGACGUCUGGGUAUUUGGUUGAUCAAAAAUACCCGUUGUUCAUUAGCGAGUUCGGGAUCGACCAAACAGGAGCCAAUGUCAACGAAAAUAGGUACUUGAGCUGCUUCUUGGGCGUGGCAGCUGAGCUUGACCUGGAUUGGGCCUUGUGGACAUUCACCGAGAGAUACUAUGUGAGAGCAGGAGUUGUCGGGUUAAACGAGUACUACGAAGUCUUGGAUUAUAACUGGUGUGCACCCAGAAAUUCGAGCUUCAUUCAAAGAAUUUCAGUUCUCCAAGCUCCUUUCCGAGGUCCAGGUUUAUCGGAAGCCAAACUGCACAAUGUUAUCUUCCACCCCUUAACGGGGCUCUGUAUCACAAGGAAACCAUUCGCCCACUGGUUGCGGUUAGGUCCCUGCUCCGAGUCCUACGCUUGGAGUUAUUCCCCCCAUAAGACUUUACUAGCAACAAGGAUGCAUUUAUGUUUACAAGCUGGAGAAUCCGGGACAUCGGCGAAGAUCAGCAUCUUCUGCACCGGCUCGAAUUCGAAAUGGAGAUGA